GAACACAAACACAGCGGAGGAGCGCAGGGGCAAGAGAAACGCGGAGAAAGUGACAUUUUAAUCAUUUCGUGUGCUCACUAUGAAUUUUCUUUGAUUAAGAUGAUGCUUUACGAACAAAUGAACACGACGAAGUGCAAUUAUGAGCGUGCACUCACUAAAGAGAGCGUAUAAGGUUUACUUUACACAUGCUUUGUGAAACAUCGUUGUAUUAUUUGAUACUGAGACUGAAAUAGGAAAGUUGAAACAUGGGAUCGAAGUUGACCAGGCAAAGUAGUUUGGACAGCCAGGCGACUUUCUUUCGGAGGGGUCGGCAGCAGCAUGAGCAGGAUGUGGAGAAGAGGAGAGGAGGAAGAGGAGAGUUUUUGCUCAGUUCUCUGAUGCUGAAGUCCGACAAGCUCCCCGGAAUGCUGCGCAAAUCCAGUCCCAGCCCAUAUGUCCGGAGAGUGGCUUGGGUUCGGGAGAUCCAAACCCUGCUGAAGGAGCAGAAGGUGGAACAAGCCGUCGAUGUGUUGAAACUGCUUAGAAAGGACCUGGGUCUCGAAGGAACGUCUCUUAACGACAUCCUCUACAAGAAUGCUGCCUUCCUCAACCUAGUGGAUCCAAUUUCUCAUGAGCUUCUGCUUAAUUUGGCCCGAGACAUGCAGUGUCCAAAGAGGGAGACUGAUGCUCUCAAGUCCUCUGAGAAGAUCUGCAGGCAGCUGAUCUAUCACCUGACCCCUCACUCCAAGUGGAGCAGACAGAACGUGCCCAGGAGGAAGUCUCAAGCCUGCCUUAAAACUACACUGAAAAAGAAAUUAACAAAUGAUACCGUAGAUCUGUCUGGUAUCCCUCUCUCUGGCCGUGAUCUACAUCGUGUGGCGUAUUACCUUCAGAACAAUGGUUCAUCUGUGACGGCAGUGGACAUCAGCUUCACAGAGCUCCAAGAUGACAGCUUGCGACUUCUUUUACCAUUCUUAGGAGUGCUACCCAAACUCACCACACUUGCAAUCAACGGUAACCGGCUGACCGUAGCUAUCCUUAAAGACCUGAUAGAGGUGGUUAAGGACCCCAAAAAGUUUCCCAGUUUGGCCUGGGUGGACCUGGGCAACAAUGUGGACAUCUUUACUGUGCCUCAGCCGUUGCUGGUCGCCCUACGCAAACGCUUUGGAAUGAGAAGCAGCCUACCCACCAUCUACGAAUACAGCGAGGGUCAAGGCAGCAGCUACUGCCUAGAGACUUCUACCGAGGAGAUCAGUGUGUUUGAGGAGGAAGACGAGGACGACGAAGAGGAUGAGCUGGAAGACCAUCUGGCACUGGAGCCCUGGAGUGUAGAAGAGAAAAAUACAUUACAUUACUGUGAAAGGUGAUGGACUCAGCUGUUCCUUGUGGUUUGGUAUUGCUCUUUUGUUAUUCUAACACUCCAAAACAAAAGUCCAGUGUAUCAACAUUGUAAAACCAUUAAGCACCCCAUUGAAAUGGUUAUGUAAAGUUGGUGCCUGGAGGUGGGAUUUCAAAAGAAUGGAAGGGGGAAGAAGGAUCAGGAUCUGUUCCUAACUCCUACAAACUUUACUCUUUAGUCCAAGCACCAGUGAAUCUGUUGCUUGCGAUGGUAAACUUAAAUUUAGGGUCAAAUGCCAACUGACCUGGCAUAAAACAAUUACCACAAGCCAGUCUUUGCCACCCACAUCAGCAGCUUCUGAUGUGAAACUUUCACGUUUGGCUCGUGACAGCCACGGCCAAAUGUUCCCCUAUGAGAAAGCUUUCGUCCAGGGUAGAUUCGCCUCAAUUACACAAGCGCUAAAAGCGAGGAGAGGUGAGAGAAGAAAGAAAAAAGGCUGCUGGAGUGCCUGCAGGCUAGAAGAGAUACUGAUGUCUGUGUGUUUGCGUGUGCAUGUGUGUGAUGUUUUUCUGUGGAAGCUUACGAUGCAAAUGUAGCUUUAGCCAGAGCUCAUUAAACAGGACACACAGGCGGCAGAGAGACUAACAAUGCCACACGGCCGACAUGAUUAUUUAUCAUUAAAUCGCCUCUAGUUUGCAACAAGGGAUGAUAUUAUUGGACACAUAAAACACCUGGCAACGUUUUAUUGUUUGACAAAAACCAUGUCAGUGUUUUUAUAGAAAAAUGUAGUUUAAUUCAUGUCAAUAUUUUCUAUUUUUUAAACAAAUUUGAUGUAACAGAGUUCUUUUAUUAAUUAUUAAUGCUGUGUGUGUGCGAACGCAUGAGUGUUUGACAGUAAAUGUGACCUUUUGAGUUGUUUUAUGAUGCCCUUUGCUCCACAGGUGGUUUUUCCUUUACAGACGCGUGUCUGAUUUGCACUUUACAUGACAGGCUUUUCUAGUUGCCUGGUCAUCCCCAGUCGUUUUUUUGUCCUGUUUUUAUAGUAGUUAAAAAAUAAUGUGUUCAGUUUUAGUAUUAAUGUCACAAACAGCUUCGAGCACCUGGAUGUUCUUUUCAUUUCUGUUUUAUUAUAAACACUAAUGAAUGAUUGUUCUUGCUGUGUGAAAUAAACUCUGUUU